CCCGCGUGGGUGCCGCCCGCCGCCGCCGCCGCGAGGGGCUCGAGCUGCCCUGAGGAAGAGCAGCGGGACGAUGGGGACGAGCAGCCGGCACCGUGCGUGCUGUGCUCCCGAGAGGACGCCGUGGAGGCGCUGGAGCUGCUGGGGGCCACGUUCGUGGAUAAGAAGCGCGACCUCCUGGGGGCCCUCAAGCACUGGCGGCGAGCCAUGGAGCUGCGGCACCAGGGAGGGCGCUACCUGGCCAAGCCGGAGCCGCGGCAGCUGGUGCUGGCCUACGACUACGCGCGGGAAGUGAGCACGCUGGACGAGCUGGAAGGCCUGAUCACGGACCCGGAUGAGAUGCGCAUGCAGGCGCUGCUGAUCCGAGAGCGCGUCCUGGGCCCUUCGCACCCGGACACCUCGUAUUACAUUCGUUACAGGGGGGCCGUCUAUGCUGACUCGGGCAACUUCGAGCGCUGCAUCAACCUGUGGAAGUACGCCCUGGACAUGCAGCAAGGCAACCUGGAGCCUCUCAGCCCCAUGACUGCCAGCAGUUUUCUCUCCUUUGCCGAGCUCUUCUCGUACGUGCUUCAGGACCGCUCCAAGGGCACCUUAGCAACCCAGCUGGGCUUCUCUGACCUCAUGGGCGUGUUAAGCAAAGGCGUCCGGGAGGUGGAGCGGGCGCUUCUGCACGGCAAGGACCCGGUCACCGAUUCGGCACAGUUCACCAAGACCUUAGCCAUCAUCCUGCAUCUGGUCUUCCUGCUGGAGAAGGUGGAGUGCGCGCCGGAGGAGGAACAUCAGAAGCGUCAGACCAUCUACCGCCUGCUCAAGUGCAGCCCCCGGGGCAAGAACGGCUUCACUCCCUUGCACAUGGCUGUGGACAAGGACACCACCACGGUGGGGCGUUACCCAGUGGGCAAGUUCCCGUCGCUCCAUGUCGUGAACUUGCUGCUGGAGUGCGGGGCUGACCCUGACAGCCGGGACUACGAUAACAACACCCCGCUGCACAUAGCUGCCCGAAACAACUGCCCGCUGAUCAUGAGUGCCCUCAUGGAGGCCGGAGCCCACAUGGAUGCCACCAAUGCCUUCAAGCAGACAGCCUAUGAGCUGCUCGAUGAGAAGCUGCUCACCAAGAGCAUGAUGCAGCCCUUCAAUUACAUCACCCUCCAGUGCCUUGCUGCGCGUGCCCUCGACAAGCACAAGAUCCCCUACAAAGGCUUCAUCCCUGAAGAGCUGGAGGCCUUCAUUGAACUUCACUAGGGUGGGAGAGCAACGGGGCCACCCGCCUUCCACAUGAUCCCCAGGAGGGAGCAAGGUUGGAAGCCUUCCUUGCCCUGAGGCAGGCUGCAAGUGCUGUCCAUCCUCAUCACCAGUGAGCUUGUCCACACGGGGUAGAAAACUCAAGAGGUUGUGGCUGGGGCAUCUCCUCCUCCUCCUCCACAUCUCCAGGUGCCAGAAAUAGCGAACUGCGCCAAGAGGAGGUUGCAGCCAUGGCCUUCCCCCAUUGCUGUCUGUCUUGCCCUUUGGCCAGUGGAGCUCUUAAGGCAGAUUCCUCAAUAUCCUACCAUUUCUUCCAUUAAUGCCAGAUUCACUCAGUCUUUAUGCUCUGGACUAGCUGCAGAUUCACAUAUGUGCCCCGGCUCUGCCCUACCCCUGCCUUGAGCACUGAACAGAGAAAUGCAAGCAAGGAAUAAAAUAUCCUACAUCUUCCAGUGUAACCUUAUGCCUUGUUCCCCCCUGGCUUUAGCACUUGAGCCUAAGAGCUGAGUGGCCAGUGCUCAGUAGAGUUCUUGGCUGCUGACUUGAGGGUAAAGCGAGGCUUGGUGGCUCGUUUGCUUCCCCAUCAGUGUAGGAGUUCUCAGAUUUGCAAUGAGUAUGUGUAAAGCUGGGUUUUUUUCCCUGUCUGUGCCAGGCCUCAUCCACACUGCCUGGUUUCUCCAAUCCUGUACUAGAGUGGCUUCAACAGCAGGUGGUGGCUUGUUUGAAUGUGGUUGGGGGGAAGAGGGAGAGAUGAGGGAAAGGGAGGCAUCUAUUUAAAAAAAAAAAAAAGCCAAGCUGAGUAGUCAAAUUGCUGGCUUUCUUCCCAUUGCAUAUGCUGACCCCUGGUCUAGAUAGAGACCCACUGUUUCCACUGGAGCUCUGUGUGGACUCCAGGGUGGGCCUGUGUGACCACUCUCAGGCCGACAGGGCUGCAGAUGUGGGACAUGAUCGGAUACCAUCUUGCUAACCAUUCUGGGGUUGAAAAGCAUGUGCAGUGGGGAUGCAGUCUGGGGGUUGAUGGGAGGCAGGUAAGCAUUUGGGGAGUGUCUAAACGUCUCUAGGAAAGAGCUACCGCUAAUGAAGGAUUGUUAAUAUUUGGGCUUUUUUGUACUGUUUAAGAUACUGAUCCUGCGCUCUCUGUAAUCACCCUGCUCUGGAAAACCUCCAUCAAAAGGGCCAGCGUGGUUUGGGGUUUUUGAUUCUUUUGCAAGUAUAGGACAGAUGGUGCUAGCUUCAGGACUGAGAUGGGGAUCUCUCAUGUGGCUGCUAUCAGGGCAAGCUGUUUUUGUGCAUUAGGGUCUGCACAAAAGCAUUUUAGCCCUGACUUUGAUUGGGGGGCGGUGGUACUGUUGCUCCACUCAGUGGGGAAUAGUCAGCGCUGGGAAAUACGAUGCUGCCCCAAUCUCAGAUCCUCUCUAUGCAGGAAUGACUGUGCUUUGCCAGCCUGUGUCUAAUUUCUUGGCCCAGUCAGAGCAAAACACAUAGCUGAGGGGGAAGCAGCUGCCCCUCAGAGCUUUGGGGAAAGGUCAGGACCAGGAGAGCAGAGCCCUGACAAACACUAAUGCACUAUAUGCCCGCAGAGCUGCUGUGCUGGGAUUUGCAGGCCAGCUGAACCGUAAGCCUCAAUAAUCCAAUAUUCUCUGCCUCAUACAGAUACUGUAGUUCUGCUGUUUUAGUUUUUGCAGUGUUAACUAUUUAAAAGAAAUGUUAUUUAUAAGGCAAGAAGGUUUAACAUGCAUCGAGUCAAGUGCGGAGUUAAUUUAGCUACUUCCCCCACCCCCCCUUCUGGCUGAAACAUGGACUAAACUGCAGAGACAGAUUUGUUCAAUUUUGCGAGCCGACUGCUCCUAACUUUAAAUAAUAAAACAAAAAAAAAUGCUGCUAGAAUG